AUGGAUGGAUUGGGUUCGUUGACCGCCGCCCUGCAAGGCAUUGAUGCUGUCGUAUCCACGGUGGGUAAUGCAGCCAUCGAGAAUCAAACCCUUCUCAUCGACGCCGCCACUGCCGCAGGAGUCAAGCGGUUUAUCCCUUCGGAGUUCGGCGCCGUUACCACCAACCCCACGCUCGAACAUCUUCCCAUCUACAGCCCCGUGUCCCGGAUUCGGAAGUAUCUGCAGGAGAAGGCAGCGACCGGAGAGUUGUCCUGGUCUGUGCUGGCAUGUGGCGCCUUCCUGGAUGCCUUGUGGGACGCUCCGAUUUUCCUGGACUUUCAGAACCACACCGCGACCCUGCUCGACGAGGGCGAUAAUCGGCUCAGUGCGACUUCCUUGUCUAUGGUGGGAAGAGCGGUCGCUGCCAUCCUACAGAACUUUGACGCCACGAAGAACAAAGUCCUACAUACAUCCCAGGCCAUCUUGACUCAAAACCAGGCGCUGGAAUACGCGAAGGAGCGGAGGCCCGACAUCGAUUGGAGGACUAGCCACGUGCAAACCAGCGUGCUUCUGCAGGAGGGUGUGGAAGAUCUUCGUGCGGGUGACUUCAGUCUAUUGGCCGUCAUGAAAUUGAUGAAAGGCACCGCGCUCGCUGGGGACACUUAUGGUGCGGCCUAUGAUGUGACGGAUAAUGAGCUGCUUGGCAUCAAAGAACUGACACCAGCCGACCUGAAGAAACUCAUCGCCCAGAAGCUCGCCUAG